UGUAACCAGUUUCAUCCACGCGCAGAAUAAACAAAUCGCCUCAGAUGUGGAAUAAGCGAAUAAAUAGUCUUUACACGGAUAUAAUGAAGAAUUUUCCAAUUAAUACCGACCUCUUGAAAGAUAAAUAUGUUCCUCAGCUGUGACGACGCGUUAAUUUACGGUCCCAUGGUUGAGUGACUGAUUCAGGUUUAACACUUACAACACUCAUGGCAGUAUGUUUGAAGAUUUCUUUGAUCAAAUUGAAAAAGAACUUGGACCCCUUUAUCCAGACUGGUUUGAAGAGUUGACUGCAAAAGCUUCUAGAGAUGAAGGUGGUCUUGACAUUUCAAAAGAGGAAGACACUGUAAAAGCACCAGAGACAUCAGCCCUGGCCAGUCAACUGUUUUCUACACCCAAAAUAUUCAAGCAACGUCAUCUACAGUCUUGUGAUUCCAUAUAUAAUGAAGAUUCCCCUUACCAAGCGACUAAUGGAGUCUCAUCAGCUUGUCCCUGGACAGAUUCAAGCCCUUGUCUGUUUGGUUCAGCCAAAGACAGGCCUUCUGGAUACACCAAAACAUCUUUGGCACGUUCUACAAAGAAAAUAUCUGAGAGCCUUGGGGCACAGAUAAAACUGGACCUAUCCUGGAGCAGUUCCUUUAACACACCAUCAUCUUUGACUCCCACUGUGAUGUUGCCUAAAACAGAGGAUCAUGCUCCAUCUGCAAGUUGCCUUAAAGACAAAGAAGCAAUUUCUCUUCCAGAGUCUCUUUUUACCAAAUUACCUGAUGGCUUGUUUCACUCUCUUCUUGUACACUACUUUGUGCGGAAACUGUUUCCAUCCCUCUCAAAAAGCUCUGAAAGUACUGUGACAUUAUGUGAGAGAGCAUCUACAGAAAAACAGGAUGUGAGAUCCACAAGUGAGACUGUCCAGGAUGAUGGCCAGGGAGGAAAGCAUAAUUGCUCCCCAGAUUCAUCAUCUGAUAUUAAUGGUCAGUGGAAGCAGUCUAUGCCAAAGGCUAUAGAGGAUGGGGAUAUCUGCAGCACAAUGCAGAAUAUUCUUGAUGGUGCUGUGGAUGUGUUGUCUAUUUUCUUCAGCAACAGCACUUCAGCUCUGCGGAGAGUCAAAACCAAAGAUAGGAACAGAAGGAGAAUAAACGAUUCUUCAAAAUAUUUUAAAUCAACUGUUCCAAUUUCAGGGCCAGGAGAGAUGUUAAAUGGAGAUAAAACUCAUACAGAUGAUUUAGAAGCAAAAAGCUCCAUCGAAAACAAAGACGUCAUGCAGUGGACCCCACUAAGUUUAUCAGACUCCAGCCUGAAUGAAGGUUUUUCCUCUGGCUUGCCUUUAAUAAAAAAUCACAAAACUGUUGCAUCCACUGAAACGGAUGGUGGCACUUUUUUGGACCAGCAUAUUCUCAAGGACUGCACUUCACAAAAUAGCCACAUUUUUUCAAGUAGUGUUGAAAGAGUCAAGUCUUUUCCAAAUGCCCAUGCAGAAGGAUCUCAGUGUCAGAAGUCUUUGUUUGAUAAAUCACCUGCUUUCACACUUGCUAGAAAACCCAGGAGAUUUGUGUAUCAAGUACAGAGGUCAGAAUUGUUGAAGACAUUUACAACAAUUGACAACAAAUUGGAGCACACACUGACAGACACAGUCAAUCAUCAGACACAGCAACAAAUCACUGUUGUUCAACAGGUCAUGGCAGAUCCUCAUGAAGUCGAUCAAGGACUGGAUAUGACGCAGCUUUCCAAGGCAUUUGCAGAGGAUUUCACACAAGAAAUAAUGUCAGGAGGGGGACCGCCUGACACACAUGUACAAACUGACCAAAAUGGCCCCAUUUCAACCACAUUCAGAAUCUGCUGAUAAAGAUGGAUAAAGAUAAAGAUCCAUAAAGAUGGUAUUAACCAGCAGGACUCUCAAGAUAAUCACGAUGACAGCUCUGCGGUUGCAGAUGUAUCUGUCAGCUCCCCAACCAAGUCAACCGUUGCACUCACAACUUUUGAAAUCGGUCAUGACAGUGGUUGUCCCACCACAUUUUCAGGUUUUGAUGGGAUGACAGCAUCUUGCACAGGCACCAAGGACAAUAUUUCUGAAUUUAAAACAGCAAACAACAAGAUCAUAACCAUACCUCAUGAGGCUAUAAUGAGUGCCAAAGCAUCAUUAGAUGAGGCUAUAGGAGACAGUUUAUUCAACACCUUAAAUGAAACCACUCCAAAACAUAACCACACAAAAGAAAUGGUUUCCAAAUCAAUUUCAGACAGCACUAAUACAACAAGAUCACCCUUAGGACAGUCCAUCCUUCCUAAACAUGCAUCAAGAACUUGUGAUAGCAAUGCUCUGCCCAGUCCAGGACUCUUAUUUUCAAAGAGCUUUAAACUGAAUAUUUCAAGCUGCUCUUCACCACAGUCAAAUGAAUGUGAUGAUAAAAUGGGUUCAGAGAGGAAUAUUACAGUUUCAGAUGUUGACCUUCAGAAAGCUGGAACUCUUUUGAAAGAGAAAUUGGAGAGAGACUCAGAUUCAUUAAAGUGGAUUCAUCAAAAACUGGAAUUCCAAAGAGGUGCUGAAAGACAGACUGUGUUAGACAUAACCAUCAAGUACAAACCCAACACAGCGGAAUCCAGUCGUGAUGAUGUUGAGAACUGCCCUUUGACGGCUUCACAAAAGGCUGAUGUUACAGAAUUGUGCAAUCUUUUGGAGGAUGGGGAUAGCCGGUACGAAUUCACUCAGUUAAAAUUAAAAAAGUUUGGUUCAGACAACCACCACAACUCUGAAAGAGUUUGGGAUCCUGAUCUCCUUAAUGGUAUUGACUUUGAUGAUAGUUUUAACUCUGAUGUUGGGAAAGGAAAGCACCAAGUCAAUACAGAUGCUGCUUCGAUAAACAAUUCUGUUCAUACUAACAAUGAACAUGCUCCAGUUAAAACUUUAGAUGGUGAUAAAUUAAGCACCAUAUCAAUGGAAACACAAGAUGAAAUGGUGCAUUCAUUAACAGCUAAGGACAAUUUGGAUGAGGACCUAAAACAUGCAUUGGUAGAAUUGUGCAGUUUCAGUGAAAAAACAAAUGGUUUUGGUUUUAAAAACGCUAAAGGGAACGCUAUAAUAAUUUCAGAAAAGAGUUUAAACAAAGCAAUGCACUUUUUUGAAGAGGACGAUAUAGAUGUGAACAGAAAAGACAACAAGGCAGAUACAGAAGUGCUGAAGCCAGUGCAAUCCAGAGAGCGUUCUGAAAUGGAGCCUUUAGCCAGUACUUCUGACAGUAUGGACAAAGAAAAUAAAACCCACCUUCAGGGAAGACAAGAUGAAAAUUUCAGCUGUGGAGAUGUGAAUGCAGCUUUUAAAGACUUUGAAAUAAAUAACCAAGUGACAGGAAAUUGUUUGGAUAGAAAAGCAGCUGUCCGUGUUAACUCAAACAGCAAUUUUGGCUUUAGUACAGCUAAGGGAGAGAAGCUGAAUGUGUCUGAAAAGGUCCUUCUGCAAGCAAGAAAACUUUUUAAUGAUGUUGACAGCUUAGAGGAGCCAGAAACUCUGGAACUUUCUUUCCACACUUCUGGAAAGCAUGACAACUCUAUUUCAACAUCUAGCCUUCAGAAAACAAAAGCUGUUUCUUGGAGUGAAACCUCUAUAGAAAAAAAACAGUCUGACUCACCCGAAAUACCCGAUAUUCCUUCCUACAACAUUAAAGAACAGAAAUCUGACAAUGAUGCUAAAGGAGUGUUCACAAACAUUUGUCCUUCAACAAGUUAUAUGCCUCAGUCAGCGCAUGGCCAUGGCUUUCAGACAGCCAGUGGGAAGGGAGUUUCCAUUUCAGCCAAAGCACUUAAAAAGGCAAAGGCCAUAUUCAAAGACUGUGAUGAAAAUAUUGACUACUUGAAAUCAUCAAAAAUGGGGGAAAGUAAUGCCAAAAUGGACAUUGAAAAUGUCAAAAUAACAAAUGGAUUUACGACCCCAAGUGGUAAAAGUGUGACAUUUUCAGCAGAGGCGAUCAAUGAUGCAAAUGCUGUUUUCAAAGACUAUGGUGGUGUUAUUGAUUUCUCAUUGCAAUCAAAUGGUGACAAAGUAAAUGAAAGAAAUUCUUAUAGCAUGAAAACAUGUCAGGAUAACCUGGUUAAUGACGGUGAAAAACCUUCCUUGGACCAGCAACCCCCUCAGGAAGAAGGAUGUGAGCAGAAAGUAAAAGAAUGUAAAAAAGACUUUCAAAGUGAAUUCCCCUCUUUGCUUCCUCUUAAUGGCAACUGUGGUUUCAGUACAGCUAGUGGUAAAAAUGUAUCUGUCUCAGCUGAAGCACUCCAGAGAUCUAAGGAUGUUUUGUCAGAGUCAGUUGAUGGUUUCACGAAAAAUAAUGGUUCUAGAAAGACAAAGCAUAAUGUGUACAUCCAAACAGAUACCAGUUCCUCAGGAAAACGCGUUGGAUUCUCUACAGCAGGUGAGAAGAAGGUUGCCAUCUCUGCUACUGCUCUGCAAAGGGCAAAGAGUCUCUUUAAAGAUUGUGAAGAGGACAGUUUAGCAUCUGAGGAUCUUCAACACCAAAGCUGUAAAGGUUUCAGCAAUCCCAAUGGCAAAAACAUUACUGUCUCAGAAAAGGCACUGAAUGAGGUUAGAGCAGCAUUUGCGGGUUCUAAAGAUGAUAAUGUCAUUCAUGAGCCUAAUACUGAAUCAAAUUUACAAAGUGGACAACAUAAAAGCACCAGUAGAAAACCUGACCUUGUGCUCGAGAAAGUCCCACCUGAAACUGAGAGUUCCACAAGAAAACACAUUGGAUUCUCUACAGCAAGUGUGAAUAAGGGGGCCAAGAGCCUCUUUAAAGAUUGUGAAGAGGACAGUUUAGCUUCUGAGGAUCUUCAAUACCAAAGCUGUAAAGGUUUCAGCACCGCCUGUGGCAAAGGUGAUGUUACUCCUAAAAUUUGCUCAGAUUUACAAAGUGGACAACAUGAAAGCACCUAUGGAAGGAGUGGCCAAGUGUCAGAGAAGGUCCCAUCUAAAACUUCGAGUUCAUCAGGUGAACACAAAGGUUUCUAUACAGCAGGUGGGAAGAAGGUAGCCGUCUCUGCUACUGCACUGCAAAGGGCAAAAUGUCUCUUUAAAGAUUGUGAAGAUGAGGGUUUUGCAUCUGAGGAACUUUUAUCAGAGAAAGUCCCAUCUGAACCUGGGAGAUCUUUUGCAAGAAGCAAGAACAUUGGGAAUGAAAACCAAAAAUGUGAUCAACUAAAUGUGAAAAAUUAUGGUUUCAGCACAGCCAGUGGUAAAGUUGUUUCUGUAUCACUGGUUGCCCUUGAUGAAGCUUCUAAAAUAUUCAGAGAUUGUAAUACUCAAGUUACUGCCACUGAUAACCAGCCACAUCAAACUAAUUCCUCAAAAUGUCACACUUCAAAAGCACCUCAGGAUAUACAUGCACAAUUAGACUUGCACUCUUUGGAUUUUAGCAGUUGCACAGUAACCCAGCAGAAGUAUUUUGAGCAGGAGGCUAUGGCUUGCACUAAAGCUUUAAUAAAAGAUGAUGACUUGAAUGAACCAACUGGGCUGGUGACUUAAGAAGGCACUUGCUGCAAAAAAAGUUCAUCUUUUCAUGGCCUUCGGACAUGGGGGUCUCUCGACCAUGACAGGAGGAAAUGUCAGCUAGAUGCCGACAGUAUAGCAGAUUCAGGUCAACCUCCUUUGAAACAGCAGCUUAUCUCAGAGUUUGACCAGACUUCAUAUGCAAAAUCCUUGAGCCUCUCCCCACUGAAAAGCUGUCCUAAUGGAACUCUAAGAGACAGGCGCAUUUUCAAAUACAAUGUCCAUCUCCAGCCUAAUGUCACCCGUCCAAACCGGAAUUCUAUGGUCCUGAAGUUGAAUGACCUUGACAACAUAGGACAUUCAGACCCUGAAGGAAGGGUGUUUGUGACCCCCUUUAGAAAGACUGUGAAGACUGAGAGACCAAAAAGUCAAGAUGUCUCUGUAGUGUCCAGUGAUUUUAUUCCACCAUUCAAAAAGGAAUUCAAAGACAAUAUUGGUCAUAGCAAUAGCCUGCUCAAACAUGCAUGUGAAUCUAAAACUCCAUUUGGCCAGAGUACAGCAUUGGAUAAAAGAUUGACUACUCCUACACCAAAUGCCCACAGUGUUUCUCUGCAUUGUGCUGAGAAGAGAACCUAGAAUGUUGAUUCUAAGCCUGAAGCAGCCGUUUCGGUGGAAAACAUACCUUUGCAAAAGCUUGACUCUAAAGAAAGAGACACUGAGGCAUGGCAGGAGACCAUGCAGCUAGCCAGGAAUAUGCAAGACAUGAGGCUCCAAAAGAAAAAAAGGCAGACUAUUCGUCCUCUGCCUGGCAGCCUUUACCUUGCAAAGACCUCUGGUGUCUCCAGAAUAGGUCUGAGAAAUGCUGUUGGACACAAAUGUCCAGGUCAAUACACUUUGGAGGAGCUGUAUCAGCAUGGUGUACAUUACGAAGUCUCUCAGAUUACCAGUGAAAAUGCUGAAUCAUUCCGAUUUGACUGUAAUCAGUUCCUGAACUGUGAGGAUUUUAUGGAGUCUGGUUCUGUCCAACUGGCUGAUGGAGGCUGUUUGGUUCCAGACUGUAAGGGUACUGUGGGGAAAGAUGAGUUCUACAGAUAAACAUUCUCAUUGUGUGAUACCCCUGGCGUUGAUCCCAAACUGAUCACUGAUGCCUGGGUGUUUAACCACUAUCGAUGGAUUGUGUGGAAACAGGCCUCCACGGAAAGAGCUUUUCCAGGUGUGAUGGGUAGCCUGUGUAUGACUCCAGAGCAAGUACAUCUGCAGCUGAAAUUCAGAUAUGAUGUGGAGGUGGACCACAGUAGGAGAUCUGCUCUCAAGAGGAUCAUGGAGAGGGAUGACACUCCAGCUAAGACAAUAGUGCUCUGUGUAUGUGGUAUUGCUAACACUAGUCAAGCAAAAGCUGAGGACAAGAGCACUGAUGCAAAGGUGGAGUCUACUGUGAUCUGGCUCACGGAUGGCUGGUACACCAUCAAAGGCCUGUUGGACACUCCACUUUCUGCAAUGCUGCACAAGGGUCGUCUCAGAAUCGGUGAUAAGGUCAGGAUCAAUGGAGCAGAGUUGGAUGGUUCCCAAGAAGCCUGUCCACCUCUGGAAGCUCCCGAUUUUCUGAUGCUAAAGAUUUCAGCUAACAGUACAAGACGAGCUCGGUUGGACACUAAGCUGGGGUACUGUUGUGACCCUCGACCUUUUAGGCUCCCGCUCUCUUCACUGUAUGCUGCUGGAGGUGUAGUGAGCUGUGUGGACAUUGUGGUGUUGAGAAGUUACCCCACUCGGUGGAUGGAGAAGAAACCCAAUGGCGUCUUUAUAUUUCGCAAUGAUCGUGCAGAAGAUCGAGAGGCCAGAAAACACAGCAACUCAAAGCAGAAAACCAUGGAGCUUAUUAUUUCCAAUAUACAGACCCAGUUCGAAAAAGAGAUGGAAGGUAAGAAAAAAAGCCAAGGCAGAAGGAGGACAUUUAAUCGACAUGAUAUUGAAGCUCUGCGUGAUGGGAAAGAUCUGUAUGAAGCAAUGGAGUGUGACCCAGCUGUUGAGACCCAUCUAAGUAAGUGGCAGAUGGAGGCAGUGAGCAAGUACAGGCAGAGUCUGGGGGAGAAGAGGCAGGAAGAACUGCAGGAGCAUGUGCGGAAGUCCAUGACAGAGACACUGGAAACUGAAGGAGGGUGCCGAGAUUGAGACGUAAAUCCUGUUUGGAAGCUCAGCAUUACAGAUGCCAAGGACCUGCAAAGUGACUAUGUUUACACACUGAAUAUCUGGCGGCCAUCAGCAAAGUUGUAUAGUUUACUUAGAGAGGGACGCAGGUACAGGGUGUAUCAUCUUGCCACAUCAGAGGGCAAGAAACGCUCAGGCAUUACUCACAUUCAGCUCACUGCUACCAAGAAAACACUCUUCCAGGACAUUGAGGUGUCUCCAGAAUGGUCAAGUCUGCAUUUCCAUGCAAGAGAAUGCAUCAGCUUCAGAGAACUUCAGAAUCCUCAAAUUAGCUUGCACUGUGGAGAAGUGGAUAUUGUGGGAUAUAUUGUCUCCAUAGUGGACAGACAAGGCAGCUCUCCAGUACUGUACCUUGUGGAUGAGGAGUUUGAUCUGGUCUCUGUGAAAACCUCCAGCAAUUUGGAGCAGUUAGCUGUAGAAGAGCUGGUAAAACCUCAAGCCCUGGUUGCUCUUAGUAACCUUCAGUUGAGGCCAUUCUCUGGGCUUGUGCCAAGUCUUUAUGCAGGAGAACAAGCACUCUUCUCCAUAAACCCCAAGGAAUUCCAUCUGCAAGAAGCUAUAGCCCGUCUGAAGACUUUUGUACUGACCUGUGAGCAGUUUUUCAGCAUUGCAGAGGAGAAGGUCUUAGAUCUAGUUCCUUCAGGUGUCUUGGGCCCUUUUCAGUCUCCAAGAACUCCAUGUGCGCAGUCUACUCCAAAAAUGAACUGCAGAGUUAAUGCAACCCCUCAGCAGAAAGGCAGUGUUUUCUCGCCCUUCACUCCAGUGAACAAGAGACCACAUGUAUCUGCAAGCAACAGUGAAAGCAACGAUCUCACAAUCUUGAAAAGAAAACGAGGUCUGGACUACCUGUCACACAUCCCCUCCCCUCCACCACUCACCCCUCUGAAAACGAAAGUAUCUCCAUGCAUUGACAAGACCUUCAAUCCCCCACGGAGAUGUGUGACUCCUAUACCUCAACAGAAAGAGAGGGAGCUAUCCCGCACCUCGCAUCACCUGUCGGAAGAGGAACAGUGGGUACCUGAUGAAGAGCUAGUGAUGAUUGACACCCAGGCAUUACUGGAUGGCCUAAGGGAAGGCUGGUUGGACAAGUGAGGCCCACUUGGUGAAACACUAGCAUAGACGAGAGAAUGAAUAGUAGCAUUCAAGGUAUUAAGAAUCAUACAUACAGAAUGGUUCAUGAAAAUAGUGUCCAUAUUGUGUUAAUAUGAAAAGCAAAUGCCCCUGCUUGGUGCUUGCCCUGUGGUUACUUUACAAUGGUUCUCUUAUGAGAAAUACUAUGACAUAUUAGUGUUUUAAUUUUAACCGUGCCAGUAAUUUUAAACUUGUACCUAAUUGUACUGCUGUAGUUUCUGUAAAAUAAGUACUGUUC